AUGUGUCCAAAAUGUCCACUGUGCUGGUGGUGUUGCAAAGUGCUUAAGACACAUGUGUACCCUACGCGUAUGACGUAUGUCGCCUCCAAUGAUCUCAACGAUGAUCGCCAAUGGGCUAUCAGCGAUGGUCCGGUGGGUGACUCGAUCGAACAACGCAUCCCGAGAUCGGAUCGCAUAUCGUCCACCUCAGAAAUUCCAUCCGACGAAAAGAGACCAUGUAGUUCUGGGAUGUCCUUCAUCAAUGGCGUAUUCGCAUCCAACACAGGACGCCAGACGAGUUGUGUGCUGCCGAGCAGCUAA